AUGGCGCCUAUGUCUAGACACUCUAUUCCUGGGCGUCCCUCGAGAUCAUCUCAGCCAAAGUCAUCAUUGAAAUCGUCGCGCAGCGCCGUGGACUCCCCAGAAGGCCCUCCUUUAAAGAAGCGCAAGUACGUGCCUGGAGGACCCGGAGGUGGUGGAAGAUUUGUCGAGCUCGAGGCUGCGCGACAACAAGAGACGACACCAAGGAAGAAGUCAUCUGGUUCUCACCGUCGUCAUUCCACAAGUUCACGAAGUCGUCCCGCGCGCGAGAUCGAACACCCGACACACGCUCCUCCUCCACCACCACCACCCCCUGUGCCCACUACACCACCCUCCGUGACGCGCCCGAGACGAGAUAAAAGAGAGAACCGAGGUCGCUUCACCUCGUCAACAGCCGCAGCCCUGGCUCUCCAACAAGGAGAUGGAUACAAACCGCGCGAGGAGCGGGGUUGGGAGGAGUUUCACCCGGACCUGGACAUCGAUAGCAGGCUUGCUGUUUUCGCUUCGGCGGAAGUAGACACGGUUGAUCCUGCUGUCAGUGCCCUGACACUCGAGUCUAUCGCAGGUGCCAGUGUCCAGGAGAAUUCGGGCACUCCCAUGAUACAUUCCGCCGACCUGGCCUCGCCCAUCCCCUUCAAGCGUAGGCCUGGACGUCCGCCACGUCGACCAGAGGCUAUCCUCAAUGCUUUAAUUGCACAACAACAACAAGGACCGAAGGUGAUUCCGCCGCCGGGUCCAAAUCCACGGGAGAAGUUGACAUUGCCGAAGCCGUCCUUCCGCCUUAAGGAUCCAUUUACCUUCUACGAGAAGAAAGGCGUUGGUCACCAGAACUAUGUCGAUCGGACGAUGGCUAGCGUGGGAUAUCAGGAGAGUGACCUGUUCCUUCGCCAUGACAGGCGUUUCAUUCGUAUGACAGAGGGUGCGCAAGAGGACGACAUGGAUAUCAUUCAGCCUGCAGUCACAGAGGGCGACGUUAAUGCGACGAUUGGGCGGGUUGAGUAUGAUAUGGACGAGCAAGACGAGAAAUGGCUGGACGAAUUCAACUCCAAGCGUCGAGAGGACCAGCUGGAGCCCAUCAAGCCUGCCAUAUUUGAGAUCACCAUGACCAAGAUCGAGAAAGAGUGGCAUGCCCUCGAGAAACGGAUUCCGAAGCCGAAUCCUAAGCCACCACAAACGCACCGGCCUCGCUCCAGCUCUGCUGCCGCGGUGAAUGGCGAGACUGCUGGACCGGGUGAAGAACAGGACAGUAAGUGCGCUAUCUGCGACGAUGGUGACUGUGAAAACUCGAACGCGAUUGUCUUCUGCGAUGGCUGUGACUUGGCCGUUCAUCAGGAGUGUUAUGGCGUUCCUUUCAUUCCGGAGGGUCAAUGGCUAUGCCGAAAGUGUCAGCUUCUGGGCAGAGGAACCACCAACUGUAUCUUCUGCCCAAAUAUCGAGGGCGCAUUCAAACAGACUACUUCGUCAAAAUGGGCUCACCUGCUUUGCUCCAUUUGGAUACCCGAAGUCUCCAUCGGAAAUCCCUCUCUGAUGGAGCCAGUCACCGAUGUUGAGAAAGUGCCACGCAGCCGCUGGAAGUUGCUCUGCUACAUCUGCAAGCAGAAGAUGGGCGCUUCGAUCCAGUGCAGCAACAAGAACUGCUUCGUUGCGUUCCAUGUCUCAUGCGCGCGUCGGGCUCAGUUGUACCUCAAGAUGAAAAUCGGUCAUGGGCUCAUGGACUCACAUCUUCUCAAAGCAUUUUGCGACAAGCAUGUGCCUCCAGAUUGGCGGUUGGAGCAUGGGACUGAUGCGGCGACUGCCGAUGCGAUAGAAUACUACCGCAAUACCAUGCAGGGUAGACGAUGGGGUGAUAGUCAAGCCGCGGCGUUGUCGUUGGGACCCUCACACGCCGAAGAUGGGGAUGAAGAUCGGACCCAUACCCCUCGCAUCACUCUGACCGUCGGCGGCAACAAACGCAAACGCGUUCCCAAAACCAUCUGGAAGUUGCCUUCUGGCGCCCCCGUUAUCCCCCAGGUGGUUCUCGACUCUGUUGUUGCCGCUCUCGGAAGAUUCACCGUCCGCGGCCGCAAGCACUACGCUGAAGAGGCCUGCAAGUACUGGACCCUCAAACGAGAGGCGAGACGAGGCGCUGCUCUUUUGAAGCGGCUGCAAUUGCAGCUGGAAACCUUUUCAUCGAUGGAGAUGACACGCAGAGAUUACGUGGCGAUGGGUGUGACUGGCCACAAGCGCCUGCACCGGCGCAUCGAAUUCGGCGAGCUGCUCUACAAGGACCUCGAUCGACUGCGGAUGCUAUGCGACGAAGUGAAGAAGCGUGAGAAAGAGAAACUCAAGGAUGCGGAGAUGCUCCGCGGCAUCGUUGACAUUGUCUACUUCCCUAUCUUCCCGUUGCUCUGGCCCAUCUUUGAGAAAGCGCAAGCUCUUGAUGGCAAAAGCACCUUUAACGCGGGCAUGCAAUCAAUCCGCAAGCGGCUUCAAGAACGCUUCUACCCCUCCGUUGCCUCUUUCUCUGCCGACUUGGCCAGUCUCUUCACAUCAGAAAUUGGCGUCGCACCUGCUGGUGAUACUGCAGCUCUGCAGGAGCAGAUCAGUGGGCGUGCACCGGAGCUCAGUCUGGAGCAACGCGAGAAGCGGAAGUUGGCCAAACGAAUCAUCAAGUCUAUCCAGCCGGCAUUGGAGGAUGCGAUUCGAAAGGAGAGCGAGUUAAACCGCAAACCAUUCGAAAAAGAGCUUAAGGAGCUCGACGUGAUCCUUGACCACAGUGUGAUGUCCCGCCGGGACUCGAUCGAAUUUGAAGGAGACACCGAGCUGGUGGCUGAUGAGCCUGAUACCAAAGUUGAGCCUAUGGAAGGCGUUGAAUCUACCGGACCUGCGACGGAGACUGUAGCAGAAUCGAUGGAAUCUCACCCAGUUGAGGACGAGACUGAGAAUGGCCAGAAGCUCGCUCCUGAGGACGCAACCACCGAGGAGGCUGUUUCUAACGAAACCAAACCCAACAUCAACGCAACCUAUCGUCGCCACCCAACCCCCGUGUUGACCGAAGAAGACCAACAGCUGCCCCUCGCCCAGGGCGGCAUCCAAUGGUACAUGCAACCAUUUGACCCCAUUGGUACAACCAUUCACGAGGAACGCUGGACCGGACGAGACGUUAUGCGCGGGAUGAGCGAGGAGCUCAGUGAACUGGACGAAGAUGAACUGAAGGAUCUAGUAGACGAUGAACUGGACCCAGGUGCUAAGAAUGCGCCCGCCAAUGCAGGGCAGCUGCCGAAGGACGUUCGUCGGACGCGCCGGGGACGCUUCAAGUGA